UAAUUAAAGAAAAAAUAAAAAAAGAAACGGCUCUCGGACGGGAGCCGUUUCUUAUCGUUCACUUAAAAGUGCCGGCUCUUUGAACCGGCUCGUUCGUGACCGACACAUCCUUCGCAGCACAGUGUUGCUAACACGCUAAGCUAAGCUAACCCAACGGGCAGGUUGGUGUGUCGUAGAUCCGUAGUUUGACGUCUUUAUCUGUGGUGAAAUAGUCCUGGACCGCGCAGAAGACCACGCUACACUCUUCUCGUAUUUGUCUGGGAUGUAUGGAUGGAUAGUUGACGGACUCUCGUCGCUGUUUGAGCCCGUUACGGGACAAAACCCCACCGAGUGGCCCGGGAGAGGAGACGUUAGUGAGGAGGAGGUCCAGCGGCGGGAGAACCACAGCAGCAGACCGGCGAAACGAAACUACCAGAGUGUUGAUGUCGCAGACGGUGUUUGCCAGAGUGACCCGGUAGAGGUGAAAAGACGGAGGCGAGAUGUAGUGAUUAACUUUGUGAAGAAGACGGUGGCCGGGGUAGCGGGUCUGCUCAGGCUGCGGAACCCGCUGAAGACCAGGUUUGAGAAGUCCAGACAUUAUGAAGAUACGCAGCCCGUUACUCUGAUGGGGAUAGAUGAGCUCCACACCUCGUGGCUGAACAGUUCUGAGUGGAGAAUGAAUAAACCAGUAGGUGGAGUGAAUGAGAGGAGUGGGAAGAAUCCCUUUCAGAGCUCCUCACCUCCUUUAAUGAGGAAAUACAGUGCGGCAGGGCUGUCUGCAGGGCUCCCCGACAGGGGGAAGGACAGGGAGAGGAGAGGCUCCCUCCAGCUGCUGCCCCCCAGACCUGCUCCAAGGGUGGGAACCACUAACCCUGAUCUAACAUGCAAUGGCUUUGGAUACAACCGCUGCUACAAGCCCAGUCUUACCGUGGAAGAGACCAUAAAGCAGAACAAUAAGGAGCACUACAGGCGUUUGCUGGAGAUGGUAACCGAGAAAUACAGCAAAAGCCAACCACUACCUUUCAACCAAACUAAACCGCAAGAUGAGUCGCUUUCACAGGUUGAUCACAAAACUGUUGCUUCAGGAAAAGCCUUUGAAUCGGUGCCAUGGAAGUCGGGAUACACAACUGCCCCAAGUGUGUUUACAUGGAGAAAUACAUCUGCAACCAAGGACAGGUGGAGUAGCAGCUUGACUUUUAGUAAGACGUUCAGUGGAGCCUUUGAGGACACACAGCCUGUUAGAUGUGCAAAGCAGAAACAGGCAGCAGAUUUGGACCUUUCUACAGAAGUUGCCACUCGCCUCAAUCUAGUGGACAGAGAAACCCCUGCCGUCAGUCUCCCAGACACACAUUCUGCACAUACAAGGCACAUCGAUGAGGACAUACCCAGGCUGACCAAGGAAAUGGCAGCGGAGGUGAGUUUUGCUCUGGCUCAGAGUGAUCCCAACCUUGUUCUCAGCGCAGCUUUCAAGCUACGCAUCACACAGAGAGACCUGGCCACACUGCAGGAAGGCGGCUGGCUCAACGAUGAGGUGAUGAACUUCUACCUGUCUCUGGUCAUGGAGCGGUGCUCCGGUGAAGCAGCAGGAUUAAAAAUCUACUCGUUCAGCACCUUCUUCUUCCCGAAGCUGCGGGGCGGAGGAGGCGGGCAGGCUGGAGGACACGCUGCUGUGAAGCGCUGGACCAAGGCUGUCGACCUCUUCCUCUACGACCUCAUCCUGGUCCCUCUGCACCUGGGCGUCCACUGGGCAAUGGCUGUGAUUGAUUUCAAGUCAAAGACGGUGAAGUCAUAUGAUUCGAUGGGCCAGAGGCACGAUGACAUCUGUAGUCUUUUACUACUCUACCUUAAAGAGGAGCACAAAGUAAAGAAAGGCAGAGAGCUUGACAGCCCCAAAUGGACUAUUGGAAGCUUGAAGGAGAUUCCCCAGCAGAGAAAUGGCAGUGACUGUGGUGUUUUUGCCUGUAAAUAUGCUGACUAUAUCGCAAAAGGAAGGCCUCUCACCUUUAGACAGUGCCACAUGCCACUCUUCAGGAAAUUAAUGAUUUGGGAAAUCCUCAAUCAGAAGCUGCUAUAGAGGAUCGCAACAAUCUCAAUCAACCGCCUAACAGUGACUCUCUCAAUGGGAGCAACAUCUGUGUACAGUAACUACAUGGUGAAGAAAAAAUAAAUGAAUGGGCCAAAGAAGUGGACUCAACUGACUGAAAUCUAACCCAGUGUAGCUGUUCUGGUCUGGAGAAAUUAUAACAUUAGUCUUAAAAGUCCCUUUUUUCUGUCGGGGACGUAUUGUCACUUUGUAAUCUCUGAGUUGGAGUUGGAGACUGGAUGGAAGACGUGUAUGUGUUACACAAGUUUUGGCACUACUGACUGAAUGGCUUUUUUAUUGACUUUGGAUUGUUGGUUCUUCUGUUUGAAGUUCUGCCUGAAGUGCCUUCAGCCCUCUGACACUGAGCUCAACGAAGAGCAUGCUUUUGUAUAUUUGGGGAAAUUACUUGGUGUCACACAACUCACAAUUUGUUGAAGUAGAUUGUUGCAGUGACAUUUUAGGGUAAUUUGGCUGAUCCCUUCCCAGUUAUGAUCAACAGAGUGGAUGAAAACCAACUAAAAUGCUAUUUAAUCAUGAAACUCGAUCUCUCUCUGUGAAAUAGACAAUGAAAAUGAAAAUACCUCCUUUCCAUUCCCCUUUUCAGUGAAAAAAUAUGCAUGGUUGAGCGCUUGUAGUAUGUUUGUUUUGUUAUUAUUUAUGACUUGACUGGAUGAGAAAGUGUUUUUGGAGUGUGUAUAGUUUGUUUUUCCUCCGCGAGUGGAGCAUUAAUAGUUGUUUCCCCGUAUGUAACAUAAGGCGCUGUUUCAUAUGUGACUCUUUUACAUGAGCAUAUUGCAAGAGGCUACUUAGGGCUAUCCAUUGACUUACAGUAUAGUAUACUGCAUAGCAAACUACUGUACACACAUGCAUGCUUGAGUUCAUGCUUUAAAAAUGUGAUUUUCUUUUUCUUUUUUUUUUCCUCCCUGUAAUAAAGUAUUUCAUUUUUUU